AUGUUGUUCCUCCUCCCCAUCCUGGCGUCACUCGCCACAUGCAACGGCGCGGCCAUCUCCCCCCGCCAGUCCGCCACCCAAGUGGUACGCCUCUCAUCCAUCGAGAACGUCGCGGUGCGCGCCAACGGGCAGAUCCUCGCGACCAACAUGAACAGCGCCAACCUGUAUUCCAUCAACCCCGUGGCCAAAACCUCGUCAACCGCCAUCGCCGUGUCGGGCGCCACGGGGCUCAGCGGCAUCGGCGAGUACGCGCCCGACAUCUUCGCCGUGAUCGGCGGCAAGGGGAUUUACAAGGUCGACUUUUCGGGUGGUAGUACCCCGAAAUCGUCGCUGAUCAAGACUAUCACCGAAGCCAACAACCUCAACGGCCUGGCCGUCUUCGACAACAGCAGCGUGCUGGUUGCCGACGCGGGAAAGGGCGUUGUGUACAAGCUCGAUGUCAACACGGGCUCGUAUGCGGUCGUCCUGCAGGACCCGACUAUGCAGCCGUGGGGGGGCAUUCCGUUUGGGAUUGAUGGGAUCAAGUACCGGGACGGGGUGGUGUGGUAUACGAAUAUUUUCAGGAAUAGCUUUCAUAAGGUGGCGGUUGAUCCGGUGACUGCCAAGGCGACGGGGGCGGUGCAGACGCUGUGGACGAAUCUGAUGGGGGAUGAUUUGUGCUUUGGGCCGAACGGCAAGAUUUAUGUGGCGACGAAUGGGAGGAAUUCGCUUGUCGAGGUUGAUCCUGCGGUUGCCAGCCCCAGGCCGACGCAGGUUGGGAGUGUGACCGGGUCGACCUCGUGCGCGUUUGGUAGGGGGGAGAGUGAUAAGAAUGUUGCCUAUGUGGGGGCUGGGCAGGGGGUGUUUGCUGUUACUAUCAGAGCGUGA